CGUUUCACCACAUUGAAAAAACAAUAUAAAAAUACCCAACCCAAAGCAGGGUCUCUCUACUCUUGCUGUAACUUCUAUUUAUUAUUGCAGAGAAGAGGGAGAAACAGAAGCCACCACAAACAACUCCAAAACGAUGUCGUCUGGAAGGAAGAUAUCACUCAGGAGCAGCGACGGCGAGUCGUUCGAAGUCGACGAGGCCGUAGCUUUAGAGUCACAGACUAUUAAGCACAUGAUAGAAGACGAUUGCGCCGAUAACGGAAUUCCGUUGCCGAACGUAACAAGCAAGAUCUUAGCGAAAGUUAUCGAGUACUGCAAGAAACACGUUGAGACUCCGAAAUCCGAGGAUCGAGGAACUAACAGCGGCGAUGAUGAGCUUAAGAAUUGGGAUACUGAGUUUGUUAGAGUUGAUCAGGCUACACUUUUUGAUCUUAUUUUGGCAGCCAACUAUCUGAACAUCAAGGGCUUGCUGGACCUGACAUGCCAGACUGUUGCAGACAUGAUCAAGGGAAAGACUCCAGAGGAAAUCAGGAAGACCUUUAACAUCAAGAAUGACUUUACACCUGAGGAGGAGGAGGAAGUUCGCCGUGAGAACCAGUGGGCAUUUGAAUGAAGUGCAUCUGAUGGUUUCAUGGAAGGAAUGUUGUUCUAAUGCCAAAUGAAUGCUGUGGGUUAUCUUAGCGUAGACAAGACUUUAUGUUUCUAUGACUUUAUUGUGAACCUGUGAGCACAUUGACUGUAAAUAAUACUUGUAUUCUGGGGAGGGGAUUGGUAGUGGUUUCCUGCAAUCAAUCCUCUGCUUGUGGGCAAAUGUUAUUUGUUGCAGACUUGCAGUGAUCCUUAUCUGUUA